GAAACAAGUCAGCCGGGGUCCAGCAGAGAAAGGUUUUGUGGUGCCAGAAACAAUCCUCAUCACCCUCAGGACCUUGGAAAGACCAGGGCAAAUCCCCGGGUUUUAGCCUGAGCGCCUUCCCUUGGUGAGAUUAUAUCAGCCCGGGCUGGACAGCUCCCGCAGCCAUGGAUGCCGCUCUGCUCCUGAACGUGGAAGGGGUCAAGAAGACCAUUCUGCACGGGGGCCUGGGGGAGCUCCCAAACUUCAUCACCGGAACUCGAGUGACCUUCCAUUUCCGCACCAUGAAAUGCGACGAGGAGCGGACGGUGAUCGACGACAGCAAGCAGGCGGGGCAGCCCAUGCACCUGAUCAUCGGGAACAUGUUCAAGCUGGAGGUCUGGGAGCUCCUGCUGACGUCCAUGCGGGUCCGCGAGGUGGCUGAGUUCUGGUGUGACACCAUCGACAGCCCGGCGGUGGGCAGCCAGUAG